GAGCAGGAGUGUAGAGGCGCCGGCCGGUCCCACCGCCAUGUGACUUUCCGGGCCGUACACGCCGCGGAACCGGCAGAUAGGCUGACACAGCACCUGGGCCGAGCAGGCCUGCAGCUUCCCUCUGCGCGCUCACAACACUCUAGGAAGCUAUGGGAGGUGAUGCCCGUAAUGGAGAAGAAUUGAAGGAGAAGAACGGAGGGCUGGUCUGGUGUGGCGUGAGGUUCAGAGGAGGGCAUUUAUGGGGUUAAGUGGCAUGGGAUUUCUGUUUCUGAUAGUAAAUAGCAGGUAACAUCUAAAGGAACUGGUUUAAAUCCUAAUGCCAAAGUAUGGCAAGAAAUUGCUCCUGGAAAUACUGAUGCCACCCCAGUAACUCAUGGAACUGAAAGCUCUUGGCAUGAAACAGCAGCUACAUCAGGUGCUCAUCCUGAGGGUAAUGCAGAGCUCUCAGAAGAUACAUGUAAAGAAUAUGAAGUAAUGUAUUCUUCGUCUUGUGAAACCACAAGAAAUACUACAGGCAUUGAAGAAUCAACUGAUGGGAUGAUUUUAGGACCAGAAGAUCUGAGUUACCAAAUAUAUGAUGUUUCCGGAGAAAGCAAUUCAGCAAUUUCUACAGAAGACCUAAAAGAAUGUCUGAAGAAACAAUUAGAAUUCUGUUUUUCACGAGAAAAUUUGUCAAAGGAUCUUUACUUGAUAUCUCAAAUGGAUAGUGAUCAGUUCAUCCCAAUUUGGACAGUUGCCAACAUGGAAGAAAUAAAAAAGUUGACUACAGACCAUGAUCUAAUUCUUGAAGUGUUAAGAUCUUCUCCCAUGGUGCAAGUUGAUGAGAAGGGUGAGAAAGUGAGACCAAGUCAUAAGCGUUGUAUUGUAAUUCUUAGAGAGAUUCCUGAAACAACACCAAUAGAGGAAGUGAAAGCUUUGUUCAAAAGUGAAAACUGCCCCAAAGUGAUAAGCUGUGAAUUUGCACACAAUAGCAACUGGUAUAUCACUUUCCAGUCAGACACAGAUGCACAACAGGCUUUUAAAUACUUAAGAGAAGAAGUUAAAACAUUUCAGGGCAAGCCAAUUAUGGCAAGGAUAAAAGCCAUCAAUACAUUUUUUGCUAAGAAUGGUUAUCGAUUAAUGGAUUCUAGUAUCUAUAGUCAGCCCAUUCAAACUCAAGCACAGUAUGCCUCCCCAGUCUUUAUGCAGCCUGUAUAUAAUCCUCACCAACAGUACUCGGUCUAUAGUAUUGUGCCUCAGUCUUGGUCUCCAAAUCCUACACCUUACUUUGAAACACCACUGGCUCCCUUUCCCAAUGGUAGUUUUGUGAAUGGCUUUAAUUCGCCAGGAUCUUAUAAAACAAAUGCUGCUGCUAUGAAUAUGGGUCGACCAUUCCAAAAAAAUCGUGUGAAGCCUCAUUUUAGGUCAUCCAGUGGUUCAGAACACUCAACAGAGGGCUCUGUAUCCUUGGGGGAUGGACAGUUGAACAGAUCUAGUUCAAGAAACCUUCCAACUGAACGGCAUAACCCUACAGUAACUGGGCAUCAGGAGCAAACUUACCUUCAAAAGGAGACUUCCACUUUGCAGAUGGAACAGAACGGGGACUAUGGUAGGGGCAGGAGAACUCUCUUCAGAGGUCGAAGACGACGAGAAGAUGACAGGAUCUCAAGAUCUCAUCCUUCAACAGCUGAAUCAAAGGCUCCAACACCAAAGUUUGACUUGUUAGCCUCAAAUUUUCCACCUUUACCUGGAAGUUCAUCAAGAAUGCCAGGUGAACUCAUUUUGGAGAAUAGGAUGUCUGAUGUUGUUAAAGGUGUCUACAAAGAAAAGGAUAAUGAAGAGCUGAGAGUUAGUUGCCCAGUGCCUGCAGAUGAGCAGACAGAAUGCACUUCUGCCCAACAACUCAAUAUGAGUUCCAGUUCUCCAUGUGCUGCUGAGCUUACUGCAUUAAGCACAACUCAGCAAGAAAAGGAUCUAAUAGAGGAUUCCUCUGUUCAGAAGGAUGGUCUCAACCAGACAACUAUGCCAGUUUCUCCUCCAAGUACUACAAAGCCAUCGAGGGCAAGUACUGCUUCACCAUGUAAUAAUAACAUAAAUGCAGCUAUAGCUGUGGCUCUACAGGAGCCCCGAAAGUUAAGUUAUGCUGAAGUGUGCCAGAAGCCCCCUAAAGAGCCAUCUUCAGUUCUUGUGCAGCCACUACGGGAACUUCGCUCUAAUGUGGUGUCUCCCACCAAAAAUGAAGACAGUGGAGCUCCUGAGAACUCCGUUGAGAAACCACAUGAGAAGCCAGAAGCAAGGGCUAGUAAGGAUUAUUCUGGCUUCCGAGGCAAUACAAUCCCCAGGGGAGCAGCUGGAAAAAUCAGGGAACAGAGACGCCAGUUUAGCCAUAGGGCUAUACCUCAGGGAGUGACUCGACGUAAUGGCAAAGAGCAAUAUGUGCCACCCAGAUCACCAAAGUAAAAAACAACAAAACUAUUCAAAAACUUCUCUCUCUUCCCAUUAAACUUGAGCUGUGGCUAUAUUGAACUGUUUUGGAGGGGAGGGGGUAGCCAGGAAGGGAACAGGAGAAAGUACAUCCUUAAAUCAUUAUGGAUUUUGGAGUUGUGAGUGAUAGGAUCCCAAAAUUCAUCUCUAAUGUGAUUUUUAAAUGCUGGAGGAUUCCAAUCAAUAUAAAUAUAUAUAUAUAUAUAUACACACAUAUAUAAAAUAUAAUUUUUCUAUUUUUGUUUUUGGUUUUAAUUUGCAGAGAUUUGCUGCCAGGAAUCAAUUUUGAGGGUUCAGAUUUAGCUUGGAGGAAAAAAAAAAUUAUACAUCCUUCAGUAUAGGAGAUGAGGGAAUGAGAGAAAAUAUUUUUUGAAGAAGCAUUUCUGUAAAAUUAGAAAAUACUUUUUUUAAUCUAUUUAAAGUUUGGCUUGAAGAAUGCCAUUUCUAACUAUAUGGCCUUGUAUUGCAAAGCAGAUCAGUGGCUGGGGUGCCUGUUGUGGGUGUGAGUGUGUACAAGAGCGAUUGAAGCCAAAUCUGUUGUCAUGUUAGUAAAUGAUUUGAAAACUGAAUGUAAUACUUGAGUAGGUUUUUUUUUUUUCUAGUUUGAAAUUUAGUCUCUGUCUUUUUGACCUUACUAAUACUUCAUUCAACAAGUUGUAAAAUGAUUGUACCUGGAGAUGUGACUACCAAUCAGUUUAAUACUCAAGGAAAGGGGGUUAUUAAAAAAAUUGAAAAUUUCAUCUUGGACCUCAGUGCAUAGGCCAAAUGGAUUUCAGAGGUUUAAACUUCCCUGUGAUUCCCCCCCAACACCCCCAAAAUGAGAAACAAACAUUUUUUUCUUACUCCAUAUGUUACUCUCUGUUCUUUGACUGCCCACUCAAAAAAGCAGAAUAACCAACUACCUACUGAAGUGUAUGUUUGUAAUUGCUUUGACCAGUCUAGUCAAAUCAUAUAAAUUGUUCUAAAUUUCAGAAUUGAACGUUGAAGUAUUUACUCUUCUGUUCACACAUUUAGAAUUUUAGCUCCCAAGAUGGUAGGGCAGACUGACCCUACAGUAAUUUAUUUGUUGUUAAUGUUAAAGAUGAAACAUAGUAACUGACUCUUAAGUGUUAAAUAAUGUAGACGUAAAAUAUUUUUUUAAAAAAGGCUUAAUUUAGAGGGGUACUUAUUUCUGUUUACAGUGUAUUUGUCACCUUCCUUUCCUCCUCUUCUCCCCCCACACCCAAAAAGUACAGUUUGGAAUUCACUGAAACAAUACCAACAAGUCAUGAGAUUUUUUAGUAAAGAUGAGAAAGAUGGUUGAAGAAAAUUAAUGCAUAAUUUCUCAGUGAAUAAAGUUGUAGCUCUCAUAUACUAAA